AUGGCCGCUCGCCUGAGAAGGCUGGUCGACAGCGAGUCCUGCCGGAGUUUGCAGGAGAAAUUGGAGAAGUGGCAGAAAGACUAUGACGUGAGGCUCCUUGUCCGUGCUGUGAUUUACAUUCGCCAGGGGGCGCGGCGGGAGCCGCCGCCCGCCUCCUCUCCGGGGAUCUUGGCCACGUGCAAGUCUCUUACCUGGCAGGCGAGCGGCGACCAAGCAGCAAAAGAAGAAAGCCCACUCGGAGCAAGAAGCCCCAAGAAACCCAAGCCCGGCUGGCCGAGCGCGCAGCUUGCAGCCGCCGCCGCUCCUUUGGUCUUGGACGGGGAGGGCUGGAGGCGAGUCGCCCCGGCCCCGCUGGGAAAGCUGCCCUUCCUCUCGGGAAGACCCCGGCAGCAGCGACUCUCUUCUUGGGCCUUUGCUCACCCGCCGGCUCGUCGUGGGGUGAUGAAUUCCUGUGAUCAGAACCUUAACCGAUGCUGUGAAAUCAUGGAACUGAGCGCCAUGAUUCAGGGGCAGUUGUUUACCAUCCUCAACCAAACAGCUCGAGAAGGUGGGCAUUUUGCAGGAGUGGAAACAAUUAAGUCUCGUCUCCUGCCAUGGUUGGGGACAUGUUUUUCGAGUCCUGCUUCUAGAUGGCCCUUUGAAAGAAGUUUCUCUCCCUCCCAGGAAUCUUAUGAGAAAGAAAGGCAACUUAGGGAAUUGGCCAACUCUCGAAACCAUGAAAUCCAGCAGCUGGAGAGAGAACUGGACUCCACUCGUUUACAGCUCAGCCUUGUCCAGCAAGAUCUUGCAGAAGCCCAGUUGGCUCUUGACAACACAAAGACCAAAUCAGCCACCACGCUUUUGGCAGCAGAGGAUGAAAUUGUUCAGCUAAAAGCAGAUCUGAAGGCAUCUCAGGCCAAAGAAGAAUGUACUCUGAGGAAUCUGGAGCAGCUGAACGACUAUGAGCGGCAGGUUCAGAUGCUGAAGGAUGAGAUUGCCAUCCUUGGGGCUCAAAAAUCUGUUCUACAAAGCAGACUUGCACGAAGUCGAUCUCCCUCUCCAAGAUCAGUCCGAAGCAGAUCGCCUAGUCCACUUCCAGUGAAGAGCAUUUCCCCUGCCAGAACUCGACUUUCAGAUGCUUUCCGUCAUGCCCAGCUUGUGGAACGGUUCAGAGACAUUUAUGCUCAGGAACGUCUGUCUGCUCAAACCCUCCUAAAGAGCUAUAUUGACGAUCUGGAGAUGGUGCAGAGAAUAAUCUAUGUGGCAGCUGUGGAGUCCUUCCGCGUAGCAAAGAAAGCCUUCCGACAGUUCAAAACGUGUGUGAGAAAGACUCUAUCUGGAAGUUACUCAGAGCCUGAUUCACUCGAAGAUACAGUAAUGGAUUAUAUAAUUCGCCAGGAAGAUCUUUAUGAUGUUCAGUCCAGUGUCAGGGAAGUAAUCCGUGCAGUGAACCUCCAUCCUCAGAUUUCCUGCCCACCGGAGGUUGAUCUUAUCAUGAUCAGCAGUUUAGUCCGAGAACUGUGUCGUGUGGCCUUUUCAAUGCAGACGUUGGAUCCUCCCCUUGAUAUUUUAUUUGCUGUAGACGGAGAACUUUUCAACGAGCACAAGUACCGUCGCAGCUAUGACUCGGAUUUCACAGCUCCACUUGUGGCUUAUCACAUCUGGCCUGCUCUUAUGGAAGAUCAUUCUGUCAUGGUAAAGGGAGAGGUGGUCACACGAAGGGGUGCUCUGUGGUCUCACAGGAGCAGGAGCAGAAGCAGAGGCCGGAGCCAGACCCGCAACCGCAGUUCGAGCCCUCUGUGUCACUCCCGGCUCUCGCCAUCUCGAAGCCGCAGCCCAUCCCCGUUAAGGAGUGGAAGCCCAAGUAAGUAG